AUGAAGGACUUUAACAAAAAUCUAAAAGAUGGACCUUUCCUUCUUCUGUAUCCGGAUGGCACUGAGGUCAUUACUGUCCCUGGAACACAAAGACCAUUUACACUUGAGGCUUAUAAGGCUGAAGUUGGCAAGCCUUAUCAAAGAAUCACUGUUUUCAUCUGCUUGAAGAGUGACUUUGAAGAUGUUGGAGAAAACUCAGACUUGUCUGACUCUGACCCAGAGAUUGUUAUUAAAAGGCCCUCUGAGUUUGAUCUUGCUGAUACACUGCCAUGGGAACUUCAACAUGAAAGCAGUCCUUUACAGAAAGCGGCAGAAUAUGAGAAGGGUGCUGGGGAUCUUGUGCUUGCUAAUGAAGUACAACAGGUCAUAGACUUGGAAGAAGAAAACGAUACAGGCACUACUGAAUGCCUCACUGUGGAGAGCUCCUGUUACAGAAACUACACACAGCUGUUUGAUCCGAUUGUGACUGAUGAUGAAGAUCCUACUCCUAACGAAGCCAAAGCUGAGCCCCCAGAAGAACCUGUAGACACCAAUUUGCAGGCACAUGAAAUUAUUGCAAAUUUGGCACUGGAACUUGACCACAAGAAGGUCAGCAGGUUCAAUAUAUCAAGGUCAGCUGUAUGGGAUGGAGCUGUUAGAGGAUUUCGACGCAGCACAUACUCUGACAACUACGACAUGUUCAUCAAGUUUAAUGAUGAUCCUGGCAGCUUUGAAGAAGGUUUGGAUACAGGUGGCCCGAGGCGUGAAUUCCUCACACUUCUUAUGGGCACUCUGAGAAAUCGCCCCAUCUUUGAUGGACCUCCAGAGAGCCGUUAUCUUGUAUAUAAUUCAAGAGCUGCCAGGCAAGAUGAGUACUUUUUAGAAGGAAAGAUGAUCGCUGUAUCCAUUGUGCAUGGGGGACCAGCACCACAUUUCCUCUCCAAGAACCUGGUCAACCACAUCACAGGGAAUCAGAGUUUCAGCGCCACUGUAGAAGAUGUGCAAGAUGAGGAGAUCACAAAAGUUCUACAUCAGGUCCUGAAAGCUGAAUCAGAGGAGUCUUUGCAUAAUCUUAUUUUGCAAAACAGCACAAUCUUCCAAACUGCUGGAUGCCUCAGAAACGUCAAGCCUUGUGAGAAACAAGCAUUUGUGGAGGAGUACCUCAGAUGGUACAUCCUUGAAAGAAACCAAAGUGUCAUUCAACAAUUUAAAGAUGGACUGGAAAGUCUGAAUUUUUUAAGUGCACUGCAACAACAUUCCAGUGUGCUGGCCCCACUCCUAUGCUUCUCUGCCAAGGCCCUGACUGCUUCAGAACUGGAGAGCAUGUUCAGACCAGAUCUCAGCCCAGCAGGAAGCAACAAGCGGCAUAAGGAGGUCCUAACACUUGGCUUUUGGGCAGAUUAUCUCCUUGAUUGUGAAGAGAAGGCAACAGCAGUGUGUCUGGAAGAUUUGAUGAUGUUUGCCACAGGGCUGACGGCAGUUCCACCGGCAGGAAUGACACCACCACCAUGCAUCCAGUUUUUAAGUGAUUCGCCUUUUCCAGUUGCAAACACCUGUGCAAAUACUCUGAAGCUACCCAUCUGUGACUCAUACAGCAUCUUUAAGGCCAACAUGGACUUUGGAAUUCAAAAUGCUCCAGGAUUUGGAUGUUCUUAAAUCAGCAAGGUCAUCAAGUUACAGUUACUGAGUUACCCUGUUAGGUUCAGCUGCCGUUGGCACACUACUUAACACAUUCAUGUGACAAGCAACUUCCAUAUUGUUAAACAUUUAGUUGUUUUAGUUGUUUUUUCUGAAUAUUGUGUAUGUUGGAAAAGUGACAGAAAUGCUGGACACUAUUUGUAAAUGGUUUUAUUAAAGAAAAUUUUAAAUGUUUCCUUGUGGUUAAAUGUUAAUAUUUAAAUCCAUGCCAGUUGCUGUAUAUUAUGAA